UAAACAAACGAGAACAAAACCUUGCAAUAAAGUAAAUAACAAAGCAUAAUGUGCGAAAAGUUAGCAAACAGAUGUCUAAGCAGAAAAUGGAGAUUUGUAUAUAAUUCUCUGGUUUAAGUGAUAAGGAAUAAGCCGAUAAAGCGAACGCCACGACAUGAAUACAGCACUGAGUAGCCGACAGCUUUUUCAAAGCAUUUGGCAAACUCAUCGCGCUUUGAAGAUGAGCGCACAGCAAAUUUCCGCCUCAGCGUCGCUCCACAAGCCAGUAGAAACCAGUGAAGGCAUGAAGCCAAUACUUUAUUCGUACUGGCACAGUUCCUGCUCGUGGCGGGUCCGCACAGUACUCCACUGGAAAAAUAUUCCAUAUGAGACGCGAGCUGUCAACUUACUUAAGCCGGAAAGCGGACAACAUUCUGCCGAGUAUCUUGCGAUUAAUCCUACGGCACAUGUGCCAACACUAUUUAUAGAUGGAAAGAACCUCAUUGAGUCCAUUGCCAUUUUACAUUAUUUGGAGGAGACGCGUCCGCUGCCAGCACUGUUGCCGCAAGAUGCAUACGAACGUGCUAAGGUCCGUGAGAUUGUGGAAAUCAUAGCCUCAGGCAUACAGCCGUUACAAAAUCGGAAAGUGCAGAAGCGUGUUGAGCACGAUAAACGACUGGAGUGGGUUCAACAUUGGGUCAAUAGCGGUUUUCGCGCUCUGGAAGAAAAGCUCUCCACCACGGCGGGCAAAUAUUGUGUGGGUGAUGAGGUUUCAAUGGCUGAUUGCUGUCUGCUGCCCCAAGUUUUUAAUGCCAGAAACUCUCAGGUUGAUAUGCGACAAUAUCCGAUUAUUUCACGUAUCGAAAGUGAAUUGAAAAUGAUAACCGCCUUUAUAGCUGCUCAUCCACACAAUCAGCCGGACUGUCCAACGGAAUUAUCUGGGAAAUAAACUUUUAUAAAGUCAAAGAUAAAAAUACUUUACAAAAAACUACAACCAGAACGAUGAAUUAAAUGUUUUUAAAGUUAAUAAAAUAAUACGCAUUCGCAGAA